UGCAACGAGGAUACAUUUUAUGUUGGUUUAUGAGUGGCUGGAUACUACAGGCACCAGGGGGCAGGAAAACAAUGAUGCACUUCAGGAACAUUAUCGACCUCUGUGCUAAAUCAGGACGAUAACCAACUUAAUGUAAGAUCAGUGGAUGAUGGACUUGUGGAUGUAAUUUAAUGUCCAGCGGAACUGGCUAGCUUCGGCUUGUGGAAGAUCUUCAUAUUGCAUUUUGUUGCAGUAGAGUUGCUGCUGCCCCGUCUCUCUCCCUCCUAUCCGACGUUGUUGUCAAUGAUCUAACAUGGCGACUGUACCAGUAUAUUGCAUCUGCAGAUUACCGUACGACGUUACCCAGUUUAUGAUCGAAUGUGACGCAUGCAAGGACUGGUUUCACGGAAGCUGUGUUGGUGUGGAUGAAGAUGAGGCUCCAGACAUUGACAUCUACCACUGUCCCAACUGUGAGAAGACAGACGGAAAAUCCACCAUGAAAAACAAGAAAAGGAAUAAACACGACACGGGACAGAGUGGAGACAUCCGAGCUGUUCAGAACGGCAGUCAGGUGUUCAUCAAGGAGCUACGCAGUCGCACCUUCCCCAGCUCAGAGGACAUUGUGGUGAAGCUGACCGGCAGUCAGCUGACGAUGGACUACCUGGAAGAGGUUGGUUUUAACGAGCCGAUCCUGGUUCUGAAGAAGGACGGUCUGGGGAUGUCCAUGCCCGCUCCUACCUUCUACAUAAAUGAUGUGGAGAACCAUGUUGGUCCAGACGUGGGUGUGGAUGUGAUAGAUGUGACCAAGCAGACUGACUGUAAGAUGAAACUCAAGGACUUUGUAGAUUACUACUACAGCACCAACAGGAAGAAAGUGUUAAACAUUAUCAACCUGGAGUUCUCUGACAAAAGAAUGGACAGUAUAGUGGAGAGCCCUCAGAUUGUGCGGAGGUUGUCGUGGGUAGAGAACUACUGGCCAGACGAUGCUCUCCUGGGGAAACCUAAAGUCACCAAGUACUGUCUGAUCGGUGUUAAAGACAGCUACACUGACUUCCACAUCGAGUGUGGAGGGGCCUCCGUAUGGUACCACGUACUCAAGGGAGAGAAGAUCUUCUUCCUGAUCAAGCCCACGUCAGCUAACCUAUCGUUGUACGAGCGCUGGAGGUCCUCAGCCAAUCACACAGAGAUGUUCUUCGCUGACCAGGUGGACAAGUGUUACAAGUGUACUCUGAAGCAGGGACAGACCCUAUUCAUACCAUCAGGUUGGAUCAAUGCAGUUCUGACUCCAGUGGACACUCUGGCCUUUUCUGGACACUUUGUCCACAACCUGAGUGUUGAGAUGCAGAUGAGAGCAUAUGAGGUGGAGAAGCGUCUGAAGGUCAACUGUCUGACUCCGUUCCCCAACUUUGAGACAGCCUGCUGGUACGUGGGACGCCACCUGCUGGAGAGAUUCAAAGGUUUACACAAGUCCAACAAGCAACCAGCUGCCUACCUGGUCCACGGAGCUAAGAUCAUCAACGGAGCUUUUAGAGCUUGGACCAAGAAACAGGCUCUGUUAGAACACGAGGAUGAGCUUCCAGAGAACAUGAAGCCCACUCAGCUCAUCAAGGACCUGGCCAAGGAGAUCAGGAUCUCAGAGAAUGCGGCUAAAGCCAUUAAGAGUGAUUUGAGCAGCAAGGCUCCAGUGGAGGAACCCCCUGCUGCCCCAUCAGAGCCUGAGGACCCUGCUUCCCCCUCCAGCGUCCCCUCUCCCUCCCCUCCCCUCCGGGAAAAACCAGCUAGGAAGAAGGCCUCCAAGCCACCCAAGCCGCCCAAGAUGCCCAAGGCCCCCAAACCUCCCAAGGUCCCCAAAGUGAAGGAGGGAGGGAACAAGAAAGGAAAGAAAGAGAAGGAGGUCCCCCUUCCCCCUCCUCCUCCUCCAUCGAAGCCCUCCAGCCUGGCAGCUCUGGAGUCUCACGCUAAGGACAUCCUCAGCAAGAUGGACCAGCCCAAGAAGGGCAAGAUGGGGGGCAAGGUGGCGAACAACAUCCUGAGUAUGUCGGGGACCUGUAAGCAGAACGAUUUGGAGAAGAUUGAGAUCCGAGAACAGAACAAGAAACAGGCGGAGGCCAAGUGGAAAUAUAAG